AGGGCAGCUUCCUGACUCAGUCACUGCCACUUGGGAUUGGGAUAUACACUCACUUGCUGCAGAGUUGACAACAAUACUUGCAAAAGUUAAACAACUGAGCAAAAGGGAGAUAUAGCAGUGAGUUUGAUGAGUACAGGCAGAAGAACCAUCUUCAUAGGAUUCUAAAACCCCUUUCAAGGAAAUUUGCUGCAAACUAGAGUUUGUUGCUUUUUUGCUGACUCUUUCGAACUUCAAACCGGAUUGUUUCAAAAACUGACAACUGGAGGAAAAAAACAACUGCGGAUUAAAACCUGAAAACUUUUUUUGCAUUUUCCUCCCACAUUCCGCAAAACUUUUCCACCACCACCAUGGUUUCAGGGAGGUCCUGCUCACCGUCAAUGGACAAACUACACUCGAAUAUAAUAGUGGGCGUUUUAUUAGUUACAAUUUUAAUUGGACUAAGCUCAGCAGACCUGGCAGACUUUUAUCUCAGAGAAUUACGGCAGGCUUCAUCGGAGGAUUCAGAGGCCGGCGUGUGCGACGGUGCCAUACUAAAAGGAGGUCCCUGCGGCCUUGAGCGCGAUAAUUGUUGCGGUCCGCUCCAGUGUGCCCGAUUCAACAUGUUCCGAAGACGGUGGAGUGCAUGCCCCUCUUCGACCAAAAGUAAUAGCCAUUGUCGUUGCAUCUACGUCCGCCCAGUCGCCAAGCGGGUGUUCCCAAACAGCAACUUUGAUCUUGACGAGAACUGGUCAGACAACUCAAGCCCUUACUACUGAUGACGGACAGAAAUAUGGACAAUUUUGAUUGGUUGGUUUUCGGAUGGAACAAGCUUUACAUUGGGAGACACGAGACAGAUAAAUGGACUGAUUCGGGCAGAUAAAGAGAAAAUCUUGUUUGUACAAUCGAUUGGGUCGUAUUCAAAAUGUUCAAUAACUUCAAGGAUUUCAAACAAAUAGAUUCUUGCAUGCUUACUUUGCGUGAUUGGAUCUGUGAAAUAUUUGAAUUUCACUUCGUGCCAAGACAAAUUUAUGUUCAAAUUCGUUGUUGUAUAGGGUAGACAAGUGCACAUUUUGAUGCCGACGGGUAUAACCGAUUCAAAAAUACCCAAUUUGCCUUGAAAUACCCUGCGUGAAAAAUGACUAUGAUCAAUGGGCUAAACUUCUGGAAGGUUUAGCUCUGGUUCUUCAUACACAGUGGUCUUUCACAAGAAAAGAAACUAGUAUCACUAACUAUAGCAUGUCAGUUAAUUUCAAUUAAUAUUAUUUACUUGGGAAUGAUCCAGUCUCUUGAAAAUGAAUCUAACUGAAUCUGAAUGUUUUUAGCACCGAUACAGUCACAGUUACCAAGGUGAUAUCUACAGAACCAGUUGAAGCGAAUAUGUAUCAUUUCAUGGCCCUGAUUAUUCUUCUUUUUCCCUCAAUUUUCCAAAGAUGAACGAACACAGAAUAAGCUAACAUUUAAUUAAUGAAAGUAUUUAGCAUAUCGUAUUAUAUUCAGAAAGAUUGACAUCUGAAUUUUUUAAAGUUUUCUGACUUUUUAAAAUUUUUGCAAACCAACAGAACUCAGGAACUUGAAAAAAAGAUUCACUUGGUUGUGAUAAUGGAACUAGGCGUAGCGAAAACAGCGACAGCGCUAAUGGAUUAUCAGAUAUCAUCUCACUUUCAGCGCCCAUUUGGUAAGAAAAAAGUUGCUAAUAACACAGUGCACCCAAAUUAUAUGAUUUCUUUAUUUUCCGUUUUGUGAAAUAUAAUGUUAUUGCCAUACCCUCGUACCUCUCAUAAUCGGAAAGGACUGCAGCAAAUGAGCGAUAAAAACACACUUGUCUGCAUAUAAAACCUGGAUUUGAUAUUUAUUGCAAGUCCCAGUGACAAUGCUUUAUUGUUCACGGCACCUACGACGACCCCAACAAAUGCGAGAUAUUCUGUCUUUUGACAUUUAUCACCGCAACUAACUGUAACAAAAAUUUUGUUGGUGCUGAGAAAUUAGCAUCCUUGACAGAUACCCAACUAACAUACAUGCAUGUCUCAUUAUUUCUUCAUCUUUUUUUUUCUCGUUGGUGAGAACGGGGCUUGCGGCACAGUCUGUUCCUACCCAAAAAGCCAAAUGAGUUUUUACCAAAAUAAAAAACCCAAUUUGAAGUAAGGGGAUAGUGCCAAAAAGAAGAAGGUUAUUGGAUUUACAAUAGGGAUGGGGUGCUUUAGGCGAAAGAGGUUUAGAAUGAGAAGACGCCCACGUGUUGAGCGUAAUGUCGUGAUGAUCAGUUUGGAUUGGAAGAGUGUUGUAAAAUAACUUAUUGAA